CCACCCGACAUGCGCCUCCCGCCCGUCCGCUUCCUGCCGUCGAGCGCAGCACCGGCGGUGGUGGAUGCGAACGCGCGCAUCGCCCGGCUGGCGCGCACGGGCAACAUGGAGGGCGCCCACGCCGCGUUCGAGGCCAUGCCGCUCCGCACCACCUCCUCCUACAACGCCCUCCUCGCCGGCUACUUCCGCAACAACCUCCCCGACGCCGCACUCCGAGUCUUCCACCGCAUGCCCUCGCGGGACCUCGCCUCCUACAAUGCGCUCAUCUCCGGGCUCUCCCUGCGCCGUCACACUCUCCCCGACGCCGCCGCGGCGCUCGCCACCAUUCCCUACCCGCCCUCGGUGGUCUCCUUCACAUCCCUCCUGCGCGGUUACGUGCGCCACGGCCUCCUGGCCGACGCCAUCCGGCUGUUCCGCCAGAUGCCGGAGCGUAAUCACAUAUCCUACACGGUGUUGCUCGGUGGCUUCCUCGACGCCGGCCGCGUUGAUGAGGCCCGCGCGUUGUUUGAUGAAAUGCCUGCCAAGGAUGUUGUUGCGUGGACCGCCAUGCUAUCUGGGUACUGCCAGGCUGGCCGGAUAGCUGAGGCGCGCGUUCUGUUUGAUGAAAUGCCAAAGAAGAACGUUGUGUCAUGGACUGCGAUGGUCUCCGGCUAUGCUCAGAAUGGGCAGGUAAACCUUGCUCGGAAGCUGUUCGAGGUGAUGCCUGAGCGCAAUGAGGUGUCGUGGACUGCAAUGCUAUUUGGGUAUAUACAGGCUGGCCGUGUAGAGGAUGCUGAGGAGCUGUUCAAUGCAAUGCCGGAGCACCCAUUGCCAGCCUGCAAUGCAAUGAUAGUUGGUUUUGGGCAGCGAGGGAUGGUGGAUGCUGCCAAAUCAGUCUUUGAGAGGAUGCGUGAGAGGGAUGAUGGAACAUGGAGUGCAAUCAUCAAAGCAUAUGAGCAGAAUGAAUUCUUGAUGGAGGCAUUGUCUACCUUCCGCAAGAUGUUGCAUGAUGGCAUUCACCCAAACUACCCAUCGGUCAUCAGCAUCCUCACGGUAUGUGCAGCCCUGGCUGUCCUUGAUUAUGGGAGGGAGGUGCAUGCUGCAAUGCUGAGGUGUUCCUUUGACAAGGACGUCUUCGCCGUGUCAGCAUUAAUCACAAUGUACAUCAAAUGUGGGAAUUUGGAUAAGGCGAAGAAGGUUUUCAACAUGUUUGAGCCCAAAGAUGUUGUGAUGUGGAACUCGAUGAUCACUGGUUAUGCCCAACAUGGGUUGGGGGAGGAAGCACUCCGCAUAUUUGAUGAUAUGAGGUUGGCUGGAAUGGUGCCUGAUAGAAUUACAUAUAUUGGGGCCCUUACAGCAUGUAGCUACACAGGAAAAGUUAAAGAGGGGAGGGAUAUUUUUAAUUCUAUGGAUACAAAUUCUGCCAUCAGACCUGGAGCAGAGCAUUAUUCUUGCAUGGUUGAUUUGCUUGGUCGAGCAGGACGUCUGGAGGAAGCACUGGAUUUGAUUAAGACCAUGCCAGUUGAACCAGAUGCUGUCAUCUGGGGAGCUCUGAUGGGGGCUUGCAGAAUGCACAAGAAUGCUGAGUUAGCUGAGGUUGCUGCUAAGAAGCUCUUGGAGCUAGAGCCUGGAAAUGCUGGGCCAUAUGUCUUGCUGUCUCACAUUUAUACAUCCACUGGGAGGUGGGAAGAUGCUUCUGAGAUCCGAAAAUUCAUUAGCUCAAGGCAUUUGAACAAGUCUCCUGGCUGUAGUUGGAUAGAAUACGACAAAAGGGUGCAUCUGUUCACAUCUGGUGAAGUGUUAGCACAUCCUGAGCAUGCUAGUAUCCUUAAAAUGCUGGAGAAGUUAGAUGGAUUGCUGAUGGAAUCUGGAUACUCAGCUGAUGGGAGCUUUGUGCUUCAUGAUGUAGACGAGGAGCAAAAAACUCAUAGCUUGCGGUAUCACAGUGAGAGGCAAGCUGUGGCAUAUGGACUAUUGAAAGUUCCGGAGGGAAUGCCUAUUCGUGUCAUGAAGAACCUCAGAGUUUGUGGUGAUUGCCACUCUGCAAUAAAGUUGAUUGCAAAGAUAACUUCUCGGGAAAUCGUGCUGAGAGAUGCAAAUAGAUUCCAUCACUUCAAAGAUGGAUUUUGCUCAUGCAGGGACUAUUGGUGAGGUGAAUGAUGCAGUAUAUUCUUGCUCAACAUCAACUCUUUGAUGAUCCUUUGAUUAGGAAACACAUUCAGGAUUCAGUUUCCACUGAACAUGAUAGCAGCACACGGUCAACUUGUUCCCUUUGAGUUACCUAUGCAGCUGUAACAAUGUAAUGCAGGCUGCUGCAAAACAACCUGUAUCUUAGAGAUCCUCUGUUGUCAACAUGGGCAAUUUAUCAUUUGACUCGAUAUAGUAUUGACAAAGAAAGCUAUGAGAUCUGCAGAUACCAAUACCCAAUGUGAUGCUCGGAAUCACGGAUGUGGAAUAUUAAUAUGUCGCAUUCAGCAUUUCAGCUCAAAGCAUCUCUCACCAAGUUUGGGGAAUAGUCGCAACUGACUAGUCACAAGAUGAGAGUACCUGAGCGUGAAGCGGUAUCUCAACAACUGCACACUAUGCAGGUUGUUUGAUCAGACAAUUACUUGCGGAGAUUGUGCAUGGAGAUUCAGUUACAUUUCUUGAGAUAGAAUCCUGCUGGUCAGCAGCAGAUCAGGUAAAGAAAAAAACUUUCUACUUUCAAAUGCAACUGUAUUAAUCUGUAUCUGAUCACAUCAAUAUUUUCCAACAAUAUGGUCCAACUCUAGAAUUAUUCCUGUGCUAUACUGUAUGUAAAUGUGUCAAGUUUUAAAAAAAUAUAUAAGCUAAGGUUUUUGGGUCAAAACUGUUAGUCUGGUCUUUGCUGCAGAACAAUUUGAACCAGAUUUUAUUGUGAAAA